CCCUUUUUAUAUCCGACUCCGGACCCCACCGACUCGCCAAGUUCACGCGAUGAGUCCCAGAAGCGGAAGCUGGAAGACGACUUUGAAACUACUGCGCCUCAAUGCUCAGAAGUUAAGAGACAAAGAGUGUCUGUGGACUCUGGAAAUCUUUGCUAUCCAGCGUCUUACUAUGCCGGAUACCGACCUCCUCUUCCAUUGACCUCAGAACUUGACGCUCUCAACGCUCUGGCAGCAAUCUGGAAUUCUGAGGACCGCUCUUCGCAUGAAUACAACAUAUGGCAGCUCGAUGAUUUCAGCAUCUAUCGCAAGGGUACCGAUUACAGACAUGCCUAUGAACUAUGUCCUUUGCAAGACCUCAAGACUGAAGAUGGAGUCAAUGGACUUCUGUUCGAUGGUAUCCUGAGCAUUGAUGGCGAGGGACGAUUUGUUCAGGGUGUCUCGUUCGAGUGCCUAGCCAUCGAGGGUUAUGGAGAUGAGAGUGAUACGGUUUCUGCCUGCAUUCAAACGGCCUUAGCCCACAGAGCAAAUGUCUGGUUUCAGCUCGGGACCCCUGCCAAUCAAUAUCGUCGCUAUCAUGAUACGUUUCUAUGGGUGUCACGAUUCACUAAGUACGUGGUGGAUUUCCUCGAGGAAUCCAAGCAACCUGUCACUCUGAGUCGAUUCCGACGAUCCUUUUACCCAUAUGUGGUGCAGAAACAUGGGUCAUCCUCUGCUACCCAUAGCUGGUUAGAACAACAUAGUUCUCACGAUUUUGGCCAGGCAUUUUGCGCCGAUCUCGGCUUCAUCAUCAAAGAAUGCUACAGCCUCAAUCAACGGCUUCUUAAAGAGCCUAUCUUUGGUGAGACAGACACCAAGCAGCUGAAAGCUAUUCCUAUGGAGAAGACUGCAUACCAAAGUACAGUAGUGACUCCGUUCGUUUUCGAACUUUUUCGCAAAAUGCCUUUUCAUGACCAAAUGCAAGUCUUAUCUGAAGUUAGCAUUGUCGCCCUCAGGAAACAGGAAAGGAGAAGAGCUAAGCUUGGCCUCACGCCACUAAAAUGUCGUCCAACAUCCUCUCCUAAACUUCAGCCAUGCAGAAGAGCGAUUCAAAAAGGAGAUGUUGUCAGUGUUACUGCAGACACCAGUACCCAGUGGAGAGCCUCUACUGGAAGCUUGUGGUUUGCGUACGUGCAAGAGGUGCGCUCACUCAAGUCUGGCGCGCAGAAACUUGACGUCUUGUGGCUUUAUGAGCCAUCAGACACAACGCUGGGCCAUGGUCAUUACCCAUAUAGGAACGAACUAUUCAUGUCUGACAAUUGCUCUUGCGGUAGAGAUUCCAUUGACGUGGAGCUUGUCCAAUCAGUUAUCACAAUUAACUGGUUUGUCACCAAUCCUGAGGCUUCUAAAGACUGCUUCUUCGUCAGGCAGAAAUUUAGAACGGAGCCACAGCUUGGGGCCUACGAUUUUGUGCAACUCCAAGAAUCAGACUUUAGUUGUGGAUGCAACAACACUAAGACGGAAAUGGAAAAAGUCAAGCAAGACUUCACACUUGGCGAUACUGUGCUUGUUUAUCAGGUCAUUCCUGGAAAAGAGGCAUUGGAGCCUGCCGUUAUCCGUGGUUUCAACUCCCACACGGUCACUCUACAGACAUUCCUCCGCUGUCAUCGCGACCUAGGCGACAAGGAUGCAGCCCCAAACCAACUGACCCUGAUUGACGCGACAUUCGACCUCGAGCCAGAAUGUAUCACGCGGCAUUGCAGAGUUGCCACCUUUGCUAACGCUGCUGACAUUAGAACACCGUACGAUCGCAAUGGGGCAGGCGACCUCUGGUUUGUGAUCAGCUCCUCGUCUACCACAUGGACUCUUGUCGAGCACGAGAUCGCUUCAGGCAGUAAACUCAAGGGCAUGGGGAUAUUCUGCGGAAGUGGUUCUUUUGACCGCGGCCUCGAGGAAGGUGGAGGUCUUGAGUUCAAAUGGGGCAUUGACUGGGCUGAACGAGCUCUUCAUUCCUACAGAGCCAACGUAGAAGAGCCAGAGAAGCUGAAUCUUUUCCUUGGUAGUGUCAAUGACUACCUUGGUAAAGCUAUUCAAGGUCUACGUGACAGCCGAAUUGCCACUAUUGGCGAUGUUGAUGUGCUUGCAGCAGGCUCUCCAUGUCCAGGGUUUUCGAUUCUUCAACGGGAUCGAAACAGCGUCCAAUCUCUACGAAACUGCUCUCUUGUCGCUUCGGUCUGCUCAUACGUGGACUUCUAUAUGCCCACGUAUCUGGUACUUGAAAAUGUCAUUGGCAUGGCAAGGAACCCCAGCAACGCAAAGGAUCUGAACGUCUUCUCACAAGUUCUCUGUUGUCUUGUAAGCAUGGGGUAUCAAACACAGCAACUACUCAUGGAUCCAGGCCAUUAUGGAUCAUGUCAAUCACGCCAACGGAUCUUCAUAAUUGCAACAGCUCCAGGUCAUAAAGCGCCAGAUCCGCCACCCCAGACACACACCUGUAGCGAGCUGGAAAUGUACGCAAGAGCGAUUGGAUAUGCAUCGAAUGGCCUCCCCUUUGGCAAGCGUAAGUACGAUGUUUGUCCGUUCGUCUCCUUGACUGCGAAAGAAGCAUUCCAAGAUCUUCCAGAUAUUGGUGAGAGCCAUGUUCAAACGUGUAUCGCAGCGCCAGAUCAUCGUACCUGCAGACAUGAAAGUUCGAAGAAGCGAGCACUCAUCCAGAUGGUGCCUCGAUGGCCUUAUGGACAAGGCUUCAUCCAAGCUGUGGCAAAGGGCAAGAUGUCCAAGAACGCAAUAGCAACUUAUGCCUGGCAAAACAAAAACCGGGCUAGUGCGAACAGCAAAUCGUGGGCACGUAUCUACCCAGGUCGUCUGGUUGGUUGUCUGACAACAGAUAUAAAGCCGCACGACUCAUUCCUGGGGCGUACGUUGCACUACGAUCAGCACCGCACGAUGAGUGUGAUGGAAGCUCGUCGGGUUCAGGGCUUACCUGAUCAUGAAGUUAUUCUCGGUACACCGAGUCAACAAUGGAAUCAGAUUGGAAACGGCGUUGAUCGCAAGGUUGCCUUGGCCAUUGGCAUGCGAAUCGCUGAUGCGUGCCGCGAGACUUUG